AUGUCAAGGAGUGAUGGCAAGCAAACAAAGACCGAUGAGGUUGUCCCUGAGCAGCGUGGCAGGAGACAACAUAAGGGUGGCAUAGCAGGGAGAAGAGAAUUACGAGAGGCUACUGAAAUUGGUGAGGAAGCUGCUAGCGCCGAGGAGGCUGGAGCCAGAGUGGCAAUGAUAGCAGACAUCGUGGGAGCAGAUAGCGCAAGCGCCGCGGGUGAGGUGGGCAUAGACAUUGUUGGUGUAGGCACCGUCAAUGCAGGAGUAGGCACUGCGGGCAUGGACACCGCGGGGACCACGAGCGCUGAUCUGGAUGAUUCACUCGAGGGCACCCGGAGCAUGGGCAUCAUGGUGGAGGGCGCAAGCAGUGCCAGCGGGUGCAGGCAAGGGAACAAAUUGGAGCACAGAUGA